GUUGCGUAAAUACCAAAUGUUCGCGCCAGAACACUUGGUAAAUUCGCACUCUACUGCAUCAGUGGUGCUGCGACUGACGCGCACCCUGAUAGUCAACUCCCCGAGGCAGAUAGACGAUUACGCGCCAACCGGCACAAUUAAUCUACACGCGGUGGCUAACUACACGUGCUCAGUAUUUAUAAAGUGUUCAUAACGGAAUUCCAAUUAUCCAGUGCAUCUUGUACAAAUCUACUCAACAACUCAUCCAGGACAAUUCUCCACCAUCGGAAAUUCAGAUUCAUCAAUCAUGGGUGACGAUAAGGACUCGUCAACAUCUACUCCAGCGGAUACUCCCCAAGAGGAAACUCCACAUCAUUCAAGGACGCCUAUCAUCCAGAUCGAUCAUCAGAAUCCCAAGCUCCCACUUGUGAAUCCUGCUGAUGCCAACAAGGAUCACAUCAUCGAAUCCGACACCACUGAUGGCGAGAAUCCCAAGGACUCGCUGCUCAGCUCGCAAGAUUCCAAAAAACGUGGACGCAAGCGCUCAACAAAGGCUUGCGAACUUGAUCUCAAGGUCAGUGGGCAAUUGUCGAGAUUGAAGCUCAUCUCUGAUAUCGAAGCGACGGCUUCAUCACUCACCACUGCUGAAGGCCUGUCGUCACUCAAGGCUCGCAUGGAGGUGCUCACUCAAGAAUGGCAACAGUUUUCAUUAAUCCAUGACCAUUUAGCCUCCAAUGCCACUGAAGAAUUUCUCCAACAUCCAUACAUCAAGGACGGCACCUUUGAUGUAUCAUACAGAUCUUACAUUGGGGCUCGCACAGCUUUAAGCACUCUCAUUCAUCAACUAGAUGCUCCAGCUCAACCCAUUCCAGCUCAACAAGUUGCACCACGAGUUCCUCAUCGUGUGGCCCUGCCUCCACUGAACAUCAAUCACUUCUCUGGUGAUUACGCCAAAUGGCCAGAGUUCAGGGAUAUGUUCACCUCAAUUGUCAUCAAUUGUGAAGGUCUUCAAGAUGUCGAGCGUCUCCACUACCUAAAGACUCAUUUAACAGGACAGGCAGCUCAAUUAAUAGCUAGUACACCAAUGUGCAAUGAGAACUUUGCAAGUGCAUGGGCUGCAAUUCAGAAGAGGUACGAUGUUCCUCGUCUACUAGUCUCAGCACAAUUGGACAAAUUAUUAAAUUUACCAACUUUGACAUCGAAGUCUGCCAAGCAGCUCUACUCAAUCAUCGAUCAGACCCAUGAAGCGAUCAGUGCACUCGUCGCUCAACAAGUCAAUCUUUGUGCCGGAGAUUGCUACCUUCUAACUCGACUCAUCAUAUCGAAACUGGAUCGAUCAACCCGAGAAGCAUGGGAAUUAUCAUUGGGAUCAUCAGUGGAAUUUCCAUCUCUCUCACAGCUUCGUCAAUUCUUGACUGAACGCGCUCGAGCUCAAGAACGGUACGAGGAGAGUACCAACAAGCCUGGCGAUCAACAGAGGUCAAGUCACUCCAGCUCAAGAUCCACCGCCAAGGCCAUCAAGGGCACAGCACACGCCCACAUGGCUACUUCAAGCACUCAAGGCUCAACGGUGAGUCCAGCGUCUCAUGCAGAAGGGAAAAGGACUCCAGUGGCUCAAUACCCAUGUGACCUGUGCAAGGGAGACCAUUACGUGGUCAGGUGUGAUCAAUUCGGCAGGAUGACACCACAAGAGCGGAUUCAAGUGGUGGAUCAAUUCAGACUGUGUCCAAACUGCCUUGGACACCACCGAGUCGAAACAUGCAAGUCUCGGUUCAGAUGUAAAGUCUGUCAAGGCAUUCAUCACUCGAUGAUUCACCCAGAUGGAUCAAUCACAUCAACUUCAACCACUUCGGCUCAACAACAAUAAAAUA